AAACCGCCGCCGAUAUUUUUAGUGUCAACCAUCGACGCCGUCAAUAUUUGUCGACGCAGAGCUCUGGACAGAAAGCAUUUUUUGCAUUGUUUUAUUUUUACAAAAUAAUUUCAAAAUUUAAAGCAAAUUUAAUAUAUACAAAACAACAUGUUUGGCCAAACAACUCUGGGCGCCAGCAAUACAUUCGGUGGUGCUACCACAACAGCCUCCACAAACCGCAUGAAUGACUUUGAAGUAGUCUCACCUCCAGAGGAUUCUGUAUCCGCCUUAGAAUUUAGUCCAGCUACAAUGCAACAGAAUUUUCUGAUUGCCGGCAGUUGGGAUUGUAGUGUACGAUGCUGGGAAGUCGAACAGUCUGGAAAGACGGUGCCAAAAUCUAUGAAAACAAUGGGAGGUCCCGUGUUAGAUGUCAGUUGGGCUGAUGAUGGUUCUAAAGUGUUUAUAGCCAGUGAAAAACAAGUUAAAGUAUGGGAUUUGGCUUCGGAUCAACAAAUACAAGUUGCAGCACAUGAUGGUCCCGUCAAAGUCUGUCACUGGGUAAAGGGUACCAAUUAUUCGUGUUUAAUGACGGGUUCUUGGGAUAAGACAUUGAAAUUCUGGGAUACACGUUCUCAGAAUCCCAUGAUGACAAUUAAUUUACCAGAACGUUGUUAUUGUGCUGAUGUUGAUUAUCCCAUGGCUGUGGUGGGUACAGCCGGAAGAGGUCUUAUUGUCUAUUCAUUGGAGAACAGCCCAACGGAAUUUAAACGUCAGGAAAGUCCAUUGAAAUAUCAACACAGAACUAUUUCCAUAUUUCGUGAUAAGAAUAAGAAAGCCACUGGUUAUGCUUUGGGCAGUAUUGAAGGACGUGUCGCCAUUCAAUAUGUUAAUCCUGUAAAUCCAAAAGAUAAUUUCACCUUUAAAUGUCAUCGUUCUUCUGGCACCACAGGCUAUCAAGAUAUUUAUGCCGUCAAUGAUAUUUCAUUCCAUCCCGUGCAUGGUACUCUAGUAACUGUCGGUUCGGACGGCACUUUCAGUUUUUGGGACAAGGAUGCUCGUACUAAACUUAAGUCUUCGGAAACUAUGGAUCAGUCAAUAACAAAAUGCGGUUUCAAUGCUUCCGGUCAUAUCUUUGCCUAUGCCGUUGGAUAUGAUUGGUCUAAGGGUCAUGAAUAUUUCAAUCCAGCAAAGAAACCUCAAAUCUUUUUAAGAUCCUGCUAUGAGGAGUUAAAACCUCGUUCCACUUAGUUCUAGCAGUCAUGGAAAAUAUUUACGUAUCAUUUAUUCUCUCUUUGUAAUCAACUAUUAUGUACAAUUUUAAGUCAAAUAAACAGUAACAAAAUCCUCUACCAA